UGGCGACUCCAAGUGUUGACAGUGGUUGGGCUCAGUCAUCGCCCUGGCGGGGAAGCGUGGGUCUCGCGGAGGAGGAAGGCGCGCGGGGGAAAUGGCCUUCAUGGAGAAGCCGCCGGCGGGGAAGGUGCUGCUGGACGACACAACGCCCCUGGCCGCGGUGGUCGAGGCCAGCCAGAGCCUCCACUCCCACACGGAAUACAUAAUUCGAGUGCAAAGAGGAAUUUCCAUGGAAAAUAGUUGGCAGAUUAUAAGACGAUACAGUGACUUUGAUUUGUUGAAUAAUAGUUUACAGGUUUCUGCUCUAAGCCUACCUCUUCCUCCCAAAAAGUUAAUUGGAAACAUGGACCGUGAAUUCAUAGCAGAAAGACAGAAAGGACUUCAGAACUAUCUCAAUGUAAUAACUUCCAAUCAUAUACUGUCCAACUGUGAACCAGUAAAGAAAUUUUUGGAUCCAAACAACUAUUCUGUAAACUACACAGAAAUUGCCUUACAACAUGUUUCAAUGUUCUUUCGAUCGGAGCCAAAGUGGGAAGUAGUGGAACCGUUAAAAGAUAUAGGCUGGAGGAUACGCAAGAAAUAUUUCUUAAUGAAGAUUAAGAAUCAACCAAAGGAGCGGCUAGUUUUAAGUUGGGCUGACCUUGGCCCAGACAAAUACAUGUCUGACAAAGAUCUUCAGUGUGCUGUGAAAUUUAUUUCUUCUUGUUCUCAUCCUUAUAUUUAUAAAGUCAUUUUUGCAACAGCCAGUGAGUCUUCUGCACUAGUAAUCAGACCCUUCAAUGAAAAAGGAACACUGAAAGACCUGAUAUAUAAGGCAAAACCAAAAGAUCAAUUUUUGAAGAAGUACUGUAACCCGAAAAAAAUUCAAGGUCUUGAACUUCAACAGAUAAAAACAUUUGGCAGACAAAUAUUAGAGGUUCUAAAGUUCUUGCACGAGAAAGGAUUUCCGUAUGGGCACCUUCAUGCAUCCAACGUAGUGUUGGAUGGGGACACGUGCAGGUUGUUGGACUUGGAGAAUUCAUUGCUGGGACUUCCAUCCUUCUAUCGGUCUUAUUUUACACAGUUCCGAAAAAUUAAUACUUUAGAAGCUGUCGAUGUCCAUUGCUUUGGCCAUUUGCUGUAUGAAAUGACGUAUGGGAGACCCCCAGAUUCAGUUCCAGUAGAGAGUUUCCCCCCUGCACCAUCCAACUCUGUAGUGACUGUACUGGAAUCCAUUCUUUCUCCUGAAGCCACAAAAAAUGGCAUGCCAACCGUCUCCCGUCUCUUACAAAUGCCGUUAUUCAGUGAUGUCUUUUUAACAAAUUCAGAAAAAACACAGUUCAAGAUUCCCUCUAAAUUAAAAGAAGCCCUGAAGACUGCCAAAGAAUGCAUAGAGAAGAGACUAGUAGAAGAACAGAAACUGAUUCAUCAGCACAGAAGACUGACGAGAGCGCAAUCUCAUCACGGUUCAGAGGAAGAGAAAAAAAGGAGAAAGAUCUUGGCUCGAAAAAAGUCUAAACGCUCAGCCUUCGAGAGUGGAGAAGAACAAACUAUGAAAUCCAGCAACUCAAAUAAUUCAGCAGGCUCUGGAGCAAGUUCACCUCUGACAUCGCCUUCCUCCCCUGUUCCACCUUCUACAGCAGGUGCCUCGACCAUCCCUUCACCGCCUCCACCACCAGCAGCCCCAUCCCUUCCUCCAAAUCUGGAUGUGCCAACACAGUCUGACCCUGUUAACAGCACAAGUCGGGGUGCCUUACUUAGCUCCAUUCAGAAUUUCCAGAAAGGAGCUUUGAAGAAAACAGAAACCUGUGACUACAGUGUCCCCAGAAUCAGCUGAAACUGUUUGCACCAAGUCGUCUUGGACACACUUCCCACUUGUGUUCCAGAAACAAUUUUUUCCUAUAACAACUUGAUUUAGACUCUGCCUGGUGGUUUCCUUGUUUUACAGCUGCCUGUUUAGAGCCAUUUCAACCCUCCUCCCCACUCUGAGCGACAUUUUUGAGUAGCAGUGCUAUCUCAGAUGGCAUCCUCCAAAAUGGCCAAGUGUCAUUUCUGUUUGAAAAGAAUUUGUACUCCUUUAUGGAAUCUUGUUUUUGGUAGGUAGGAUUCCUCUUAAUAGAAAAAAAUAAGAAAAAAUGCAAAAGCUCCACGAUGACACGGUUCAUUUGCUGAAGCCUGUUUUCACGGGCUUCUGAAAGGUUAACCCCUCUACACUGAUGUGUGUACAUUGAGUGACAAAAUUCACUUAAUCUGAAAACUGGCAAGAUGCUUAAGUCUUCUGCUCUCCCUGCAAAACACCGAGUCAGUCCAUGAAAUUAUUCCAAUAUUGUUAGAAUACGACAAGAAGACUGUAGUUCUGCAAGUUAAUUGGAUCUGGGAAUUAGCUUGGUGUAUUGAGCUACUUUAUACUUAAUAGAGGACUUGCAGGGUAUUUCCCAUCAGACCAGUUGUAGCAUCAGUGUGAGGCACGCUCUUGAGCUAGGAGUUAGCAGAAGAGCUAAAUGUCCUAAUGUUUUAGUGGGGGGAAAAAUCCCUUUCCUGAUUUGCUCAAAACCUUAAAUUGCACUUUAAGGAUUAUUAGUAAUCCAUUUUUAAAAUCAUGUAUACAUCAGUGUUUGUUGCUAUGCAGAGAAUGUCAUUGUGUAAAAGAGUUCAUGUAACCUGUGAUAUACUCAAGUCAUAUUUUUAUUAAAAUAAAUGUCAAUAGAAUUUCAA